CAGGAGGCAGGCACACCCUGCUUGUUUUUCAAGCUGCUGCACACCAUAGCUGCUUCAAGUCAACUCAGAGGCAACCUUGAGAAGCAGACAAAUCCGCAUUGCUGCAGCUCCCUGCUCAACCUUGUUUCCCUGCACCUGCUGCAGGCACAGGUGGUGGCGGCAACAGCAGCAGCCUUGGCUGCCCUUGCCGGGAUUGGGAUUGGGAGGGAGGGAGCAAGCAGAGCGUUCCUGUCUGGAAGCAGCUCCGCCAGGACCCAGCCAGCAGUGAUGCGUUGCUGCCGCAUCUGACGUGGCUCCCUGUGAGAGCUUCUGGUAGUUCGAAGGCAAUAAAAAAACCCCAUGAGAACAUCAGGCAGGGAUCUGAGUGUGUGAAAGACCUCUUGAAAGGAAUCUGUUAUGGACAGAGAGCGUUUCUGGUGAAGGGACUGUUCCAGAAAGAGGAGCCAGCAAGGAGUAUCGUAUCCUGGAGGAUUCUUCAGUGGCCUUUUUGGUAUUGUUCCUUCCUUUCCCCCUGUGCACUAUAAAGCACUGAUCUUUUCCUUUGGAACUGCAGUCUCUGCCACUAAACUGGGAGGGAGAGGGAGAGGUCUUUUUCCCCCUCCGUCUGUGCAGGUGCUUCUGUUUGAAUCGAAGAUACUUCUUUUUGCUGAAACUCUCUUGUUGUGGUACUGCAUAAUAUGCAGUUACCUUGCUGCAGGAAAUACAAGAAAUGAAAGAAAAUAGAAAAAUGGAAGGAAAUUGUUCCUCAAAAGAAAACUGGAACAGGGAAGAGAACAUUAAAAUCACUUCAAGCCCUAGCCAAGAUUGAGAAGACCACGAAUCUCCUAGCUCCAGAGGAAAAUACACUAUUUUAAAAACUCCUCAGCAGUCAUUAGCUAUGAGCAGUUGUGGUGUUUCAUCUGCAUGCAGCUGGUAAAGGAAAGCUUUGGAGGGAUGUGGGGGCACCGGCCUGUAUGAUGCCUGAAGACAGAAAUGCUGGAGUCCGCAGCCCAGGUGCCUUAGCAGCAGCUCCUUUCAUUCCUAAAACUACUUACAGGAGAAUUAAACGGUGUUUUAGUUUCCGUAAAGGUAUCUUUGGCCAGAAGCUGGAAGACACUGUACGAUAUGAAAAGCGAUAUGGGAACCACCUGGCUCCUGUGCUGGUGGAACAGUGUGUGGAUUUUAUCCGACAGUGGGGGCUAAAGGAAGAAGGCCUUUUUCGACUGCCUGGGCAGGCUAAUCUUGUCAAGGAGUUACAGGAUGCGUUUGACUGUGGAGAGAAGCCUUCUUUUGACAGCAAUACUGAUGUACACACAGUGGCAUCGCUACUUAAGCUGUACCUCAGGGAACUCCCAGAACCAGUCAUACCAUACACAAAAUAUGAAGAUUUUCUUUCCUGUGCCAAAAUGCUCAGCAAGGAGGAAGAAAUGGCCCUGAAAGAACUGGAAAAGCAAGUAAAGAGCCUGCCAGCUGUUAAUUAUAAUCUGCUGAAAUAUAUCUGUAGAUUCCUUGAUGAAGUACAAUCUUACUCAGGUGUAAACAAAAUGAGCGUGCAGAAUCUGGCUACUGUUUUUGGCCCCAACAUUCUUCGUCCCAAAGUGGAAGAUCCUGUGACCAUCAUGGAGGGUACAGUAGUUGUCCAGCAGCUAAUGUCAGUGAUGAUUAGCAAACACGAAGAGCUGUUUUCCAAAGAUGCAGACCCUCAGAUGGGACCUGAGGUAUGCAGCAACAACAAUGAAAUGUCAAAGAAAGCAAUUGCUGGGCAGCUACAGAACAAAGAGAACACCACCAGCAAGGAGGCAACAGUUAGGCGCUGCUCUUGGGACAAAACUGAAUCUUCUCAAAGGGCAAGCAUGGACAAUGAGUUUCCGACUGCUCUGCCAGGCAGCAAGACAAAUAGCCCUAGGAACAGCAUCCAGAAAUUAGAUGUCACUAGAAGUCCACCACUCACGGUGAAAAAAAAUCCUGCUUUUAAUAAAGGCAGUGGCAUAGUCACCAAUGGGUCCUUCAGCAGCUCUGCGGAAAGCCCUGAAAAGAGCCAGACUUUACCCACCUGUACCCUGCAAACCAAGAGAACAUCAUCCCUGAAAGGACCAGUCAUGAAAAUGGGCACACAGAGCAUGCAGAAUGGAAGUGUGCGGAUGGGUGUUUCUAGCACAGAUGGGCACAGCAACACCCUUAACAGUCGGUCCCCAUGCUGGGUGCCUAAUGGCUAUGUCACCCUAAGGGACAACAAACAGAAAGAACUGGUGAGUGAGUCCGGCCAGCACAACAGGCUUUCCACCUACGACAAUGUCCACCAGCAGUUCUCCACUGUGAACUCUGAUGACAAACAGAGUGUGGACAGUGCCACCUGGUCAACAUCCUCCUGUGAAAUAUCCCUCCCUGAGCGCUCCAGCUCCUGUCGUUCAUCCACCACCACCUGCCCUGAGCAGGACUUUUAUGCAGGAAACUUUGAAGACUCUGUGCUGGAUGGACCACCACAUGAAGAUCUCUCUAACCUGGGUGACUAUGAGAACAAAAGCGACAGAAAGAGUGUGGGGGGCAACAGCAGCAGCGAUAAUAGUGAAACAUUUGUGCCCAACAAUAUAAACAGUCAUAGUGCUCUGCACAGCCUGGUGUCCAGCCUGAAGCAAGAAAUGGCUAAGCAAAAACUAGAGUAUGAGACAAGGAUAAAAAGCUUGGAGCAGAGAAAUCUCACUCUGGAGAAAGAAAUGACAGCCCUGCAUGAGGAACUGGAUCAAGAGCGGAAGAAAUUCACAAUGGUAGAAAUUAAAAUGCGUAAUGCAGAACGGGCCAAGGAAGAUGCAGAGAAGCGGAAUGAUAUGUUGCAGAAGGAAAUGGAGCAGUUUUUCUCCACUUUUGGAGAACUAACAGUGGAGUCUCGCAGACCAGAAAGAGGCAACACCAUCUGGAUCCAGUGAGCAUUGGAAGUGUAGACUGGGGGACUCCGGGGAAGUGCUUGGGGGUAUUAUACUGUAUCAGGUGGCUGGUCACCUGCCUGAGGCUAGUACUCAACAUAAUGUUAUAAACACUCAAAGGAAAAAAUCCUACAGACAUGAACCACUCAUGUCUACAGUGUGUACUUACCAAGUUAUACUCCUCUAACGCUUCAUGAGACUACUGUCAAUUGUUACAACUGGAUACAUGUAAUAUAAAUUAAAAAAAAUUGCCUUAGAAAGCAAGAGCUGUAUCUCAAGAAAUAUUUCUAUGUGAGUCUUUUAUUUAAACUGAUAAAUUGAAAUGUUGUUGCAAUCAAGCUUUAUAUCAAGGCUUUUCUCUCUUGCACUUAGAAUAAUAAGCUAUUUUUGGCAUUGUGUUACCAUCAGUUUAUUUUGUAUAUCAAAUGCUUUCUGGUUUUGUUUUGUUUGUUUGUUUUUUUUUGUUACCCCUCUUGGUGGGGAGUGAAGAUAAACAUAUAUGUUAAAGAUA